UGUAUCUAAAUAUAUAUAACCAUAUUUAAAAGAGAGUUAAUGUUUUCUCUAGUUAUCAUCGAUAUUAUAUUUGCACUGAUAUUAAUAGUUUUUCUUCAGUAUACGUAAAUUGCAAGCGCUCUGUCAGACAAUAACCAACGCAUUCAGCAAACUUAUGUUUUAACAUAUAACGUUUUACAUUCCCAGGGCAAAAAGUAAAAAUAGACACGAGCAGUAACGUUAACAAUAACGUCAACAAGCAGUGACAAAAUAUGUAGGCUUGUUUUUGUUUUUUUUUUGUUUUUUUUGUCGGGCCUAUAGGUUUUGGUUGCAUGGAACUAUAUCCAGUGGAGGUACACCAUGUAAUUGGGUCAGAGGACCUUUGACCUGAAAUGUAAAGCUUGACCUUGUCCAUGUCAGGUGAGACAGAGCCAAAGCCCUACCUGUACAGGGGCAUGUCUGAGGAAGGGGAGUCUGAGUCCCCGUGUGGCUCCAUGUCUCACCUGCACCGCAUGGGUGGGGCCUCUGAGGGGAGCGACAGCAGUCAUGACCCACCCACAUCUCCGAGACCUCAAACACAGAUGCAUGAGGACAUGGAGAUGGGCGGAAGUGGCUCUAGUGGAAGUGGCACAGAAUCUCACAGUAAUGAGUCCCACAGUAAUGAAUCACAUGGACAUGAGUCUGUUGGGAGUUCCAGUGGAAACGGAAAGGAUUCUGCGAUCAUGGCAUCAUCAGGGAGUAAUAAGAGCUCAAACUCGCAAAGUCUUUCCCCUCCCAGUAGCAACAACGCAUUCAGCCUGGUCAGUUCAGAGCAAGACAACCCAUCAACCAGCGGCUGCAGUAGUGAACAGUCAGCAAAGGCUAAAACUCAGAAGGAGCUUUUUAAGACCUUGAAAGAGCUGAAAUAUCAUCUCCCUCCUGACAAACGCAGCAAGGGCCGGGCAAGCACACUACACACUCUCAGAUACGCCCUGCGCUGCGUCAAACAAGUCAAAGCCAAUGAAGAGUACUAUCAGAUGCUUAUGAUCAAUGACAGUCAACCCUCUGGUCUGGACGUGUCUUCAUACACUAUUGAAGAAAUCAACAGCAUUACCUCAGAAUAUACCCUAAAAAAUGCUGAUAUCUUUGCAGUUGCAGUGUCCCUGAUCACAGGAAAGAUUGUGUACAUUUCGGAACAGGCUGCAGGGAUCUUGAACUGCAGAAAAGAUGAGUUCAAAGACAGAAAGUUUGUUGAGUUUCUGACACCUCGUGACGUCAGUGUGUUCUACAGUUUUACAACACCCUACAGACUUCCAUCUUGGAGCAUGUGCACCGGAACAGAGUCAUCAUCGACUGAGUUCAUGCAGGAGAAAUCCUUCUUCUGUCGAAUCAGUGGUGGUAAAGAGAAGGAAGGAGAUCUGCAGUACUAUCCAUUUCGGAUGACUCCAUAUUUGAUGAAGGUUCAAGACUCAGAGCUCUCUGAGGAACAUUUCUGCUGCCUCAUACUGGCUGAGAGAGUUCACUCUGGAUAUGAAGCACCAAGAAUUCCACCUGAUAAGAGAAUCUUCACCACAACUCACACGCCAAACUGUGUGUUUCAAGAUGUUGAUGAAAGGGCAGUGCCUCUGUUAGGAUAUCUGCCUCAGGACUUGAUUGGGACACCUCUUCUAUUACACCUGCAUCCCAGUGACAGACCUAUAAUGCUGGCAGUGCACCGGAAAAUUCUGCAGUAUGUUGGGCAGCCAUUUGAUCAGUCCUCAAUCCGAUUCUGUGUGAGAAAUGGAGAAUAUGUUACUCUAGACACAAGCUGGUGUAGCUUUGUGAACCCAUGGAGCCGCAAGGUGUCCUUCGUUAUUGGACGACACAAAGUUCGGAUGGGUCCGAUGAAUGAGGAUGUGUUUUCAGCUCCUGCUUUCACAGAGGAAAAGAUCAUGGAUUCAGAUAUACAGGAAAUUACUGAACAGAUUCACAGACUGCUUCUACAGCCGGUCCACAGUAUGGGGUCCAGUGGUUAUGGCAGUCAUGGCAGUAAUGGUUCUCAUGAGCACCUGCUGAGCAUAGCAUCCUCUAGUGACAGUAAUGGAAAUGGAAACACAGCAAACGGUGGGAACAGGAUCAGCGGAUUCACCAGAAAGGAGGAGGGCAAAAGCAAACCGAGGUCAUUUCAGGAGAUUUGUAAAGGGGUUCACAUGCUGAAAGCUCAGGAGCAGCAAGGCUCCUCUUCCAAAGCAGAACAGAAAAAGUCUUUUGACACAGGGUUCAGGUCUCCUGUUGUAAAGCAGAAAGACUCUGCACUGCUGGUCCGAGAUGGACCUGCCACAAUGGAGGAUUUGAAGGACCACACAAUGUACUCGUACCAGCAAAUCAGCUGUCUGGACAGUGUCAUCAGAUAUUUGGAGAGCUGUAACGUCCCAAACACAGUAAAACGAAAGUAUCAGUUUUCCUCAAACACCACCUCCUCAAAUUCGGAUGAGGACAAGAAAGCCUCUGAUGCCAGUCUACAGCAAACUGAUGAUUCUUUAUGUAUGGAAGCGCCAUCUUCUUUGUCUAUAAAGACCAAUGAAAAGCCUCCGCAAGGUCCUGCCCCAGGUCAUGUUGUUGGAGGGCCUUUAUCUUCUUUGGACCUUCCCAGCAAAGCAGACAGUGUGGUUUCUCAGUGUUCCUACAGCAGCACAAUUGUACAUGUGGGAGACAAAAAAACACAGCCAGAAUCAGAGAUCAUUGAGGAUGCUGCAGAAAGCCCAGCCCCUUCUGCACCUGUUAGUGUGGUUUCCCCACCCACAGUGGAGCAGGAAGCCUAUAAGAAGCUGGGACUCACAAAACAGGUGCUGGCAGCACACACACAGAAAGAAGAGCAAGCGUUUCUCAGUCGGUGUAAGGAGCUACGGAAUGGUCAAGCCCUCCAGAAGGAUUGCCCACCUAGCACACAAAGAAACCGAGGACAGGCUACCGAGGCAGCUCGUGGAACCAAAGCAGGAGCGAGUGUCCCUGUUACAGAUGCAACCAUCAAGAAAAGCGGGCGCACCAAAAAGUCAAAGAAGUCGCGCACAAAACGUCCUGAUUCAUCAGAUAAUGCUGCGUCUCAGCACAGACCUCUACCACCCCUGCAGGGUUUAAACCAGACAUCUUGGUCCCCCUCCGAGACAUCACAGUCUGGUCUUUCAGUUCCAUUUCCAACCGUGGUUCCAGGAUAUCCUCUCUACCCUGUAGUUCCCACUAUUGCCCCACCCCAAGCCCCCCCUACAGGAGCAGCAGAAUCCCAGAACACUCAGGCCACACCCUCUGCCACUACAUAUCCUACCCCUUUAGUCACACCAGUUGUAGCAUUUGUUUUGCCCAGUUUUAUGUUGCCACAGAUAGGCACAGCACCUCGCUCUCCAUUCUAUGCUGACACUCAGCAAGCCUACAGUGCUGUCUUUCAGUCCCAGCAAGCCUACAAUGGCCAGCAUUCCUUUCAGCCUCAACAAGCCUAUAAUGGCCAGCAGCCCUUUCAGCCCCAGCAAGCCUACAAUAUACAGCAACCCUUGCAGCCUCAACAAGUCUACACCGGCCAGGAAGCUUUUCAACCACAACAAGCGUACAGCACUACGCAGCACCUUCAGAACACUCAGGGCUGCAGUACUCCACAGUGCUUUCAGACCCAUACCUCCUUCACUUCCCAGCAGUCAGCAUUUACACCCCAGACACAUUACCAGUAUGGAAUGAGGUCUGACCCCAAACACUCCAUCAUUGAGUCUACAGAGUGUCGGUCUCCUUUGCCACCCCCUCAGUCCCCCCCACUGUUUGAGUCUCGCUGUAGUUCUCCAUUGCAGCUGGACCUGCUUCAGAUGGAGGAAAAGCAGGACUCUCAUAUCACAGCUCCCCAGUCCAGCACCCAGGGUAAUUGCAGUGUAGUACAGGACAAAAACAACACAUCCAUUAAUACCACUUCUUCUGCAAUGGAUGACUUACAGCAGGCAUGUUGUUCGGGUAAUGGUGGCCACUGUGGUGACCACUCCUCAUCCAGCAGUGUGUUGGAACUGUUGUUGCAGGAAGACUCUCAUUCUGCCAUGGGCUCUGCCACUUCAGCAUCUACUGGCUCCACAUCCAAUGACUGCAACACCUUUAAUAGUGGAACAGGAAGCAACACAAGCAAGUAUUUUGGCAGUGUGGACUCCUCAGAGAACAAUCACAAGAGCGAAGACGUAAUAAAGGAACAGGAGCAAAAUUUGGUUAAAUAUGUUCUUCAAGAGCCUGUUUGGAGACUUACGGCCGAUGAUGAUGACUGUGCCAUGAUGACCUAUCAAGUGCCAUCAAGGGAUAUGGAAAAGGUUUUGGGGGAAGAUCGGGAGCGUUUAAGGCGCAUGCAGAAGAACCAGCCCCGUUUCUCUUCAGAGCAGCGUCGAGAACUGAUUGAUCAGCACCCCUGGAUGAGGAGAGGAGGGUUACCCAAUGCCAUCAAUGUCAUGGAGUGUAUGUACUGCGAGAAUGACAUCUCUGCCCCGCUAGAAGAAGACCUACCUGAUAUGGAGUUGACCAUGUUAGGAGAAGUGGUAGAAGAUAGAGGAGCGUCUCAUUCACAGGAAGAGAAGGAGCAACCGAAUGUAUAAUCUGUUUUGACAUUCCACAAAUCUCAGCCAGCAGAGGGCAGCAGGACCUUUCAGGUUCCCACGUGUACACACAAACUAAAAUUGUCUGGGGAUAUCUACUCAGAUAUCCUUUGUCAUUUUAAAAGAUUAUGAAUGUGUUUAUUUAUGUGUGUGUGUGUGUGUGCAUGUAAAGACAAAAGUAUGCCAGAUAGGUAACUGAUUAACCCAAAGAUGCUGUUCAAAUGUGCAAGCUCUGAUUGGCUGGAACCACUGUCACCUGGACCUAACCCGCUCAGUGGUUCUGUCUCUUUAUAGUUUUUCCAGUUCUCUUGUACUGUGUGAAUAUGUAGCUACAGCAGUGUUUUCCUCAGUGGAUUGAUGCUCUGUGCAGAAAUUACGCAUAUUGUCAGAUUAACAUAGGAAUUGGAAAAAAGUAACAGACCUAUUAUGAACAACAGUAUAUGGGCCAAUACGAAUGCAUUUAGCUAGUAAUCAAAACCAGGAAAUGAAACACCGCCGUACUGAGAGUUUGGGGACCAUUCCAGCCAAAUAAGCUGCUGCCAAUAACAAGUGACCAGUCUAAUCCUCUUACAGGGCACUCGUGUCAUUUUGUCAGACAAUACACAGCCAGUAUUUGUUGCGGGUCUUCAGGGAUGUGCAAUCAUGGAAAGUAAUAUUUUUGUAGACGUGUUUUGUAGGUCAUAAAUAAUUGACCAUGGAUAAUUUUUCUUCCUUUUUCUUCCCCUUUCUCUCAUCUUUUUUUUUUUUGUCUUUUGGCUAUAAAAAUGUUGUAGUCACAUUGCAUUCAUCCAACAAAGAUGUCAGGGCACCAGUGCUCUGAGUGGAGGAAACUAGCUUUAUUACAUAUUUUGUAAACAGUCUGUUAACAGAAAUUCUGUAAACUGUCGAGAUGUUCCUGUACCUAAAAUACUCUUUUUCUAUUAUCUGAAAUUCAGUGUACUACCGAGUGUACUUCAUGGCCAAUAGUGCUGAAGCAGGACAAUUGGAACUGGCUCUCUACAUCUCAGUUUCUGAUUUGUGAUUUAUGCGACUACAUAAACGGUUGCAGUCAAUAAACACUUAGUUUAUUCAAAUUUCUUUAUAAGCAUGUCAUUUGGUUUGUGGCUGUAUUUUUCAUCUUUCUUUUUCAUAAAUGUAGUAAAACAAACAUGUCACAUUAUUCCUACCUUGUAAUAAUAAAAAGAUUACAUCUACA